AUGGCAAAGAUAAUAAUGUAUCUUGUUUUCUUCAUCUAUUGCGCUGCCAAUCCAAGAGCUGGAGCUGGAGCUGGAGGAGCAGCAGCUCAGGGAGCAGCUGCGGAUAUUAUCACAGAUCGUGAAGUUGACAAGUUCUGGGACAGCGAUCAAUUAUUGGUGACAACGGAAGUUAAAGAAUCGACAAUGACGAGUUGUGACAAAAUGGAAGAUGGAAGACUGCUUAUUUUGGAAAAGUGUUCGCUGUUAUUUUUGAGCAACGCUGUUAACUUAAUAAAAUGA